UUAUUUAUCUACUCCCGUUUGCAUGCUUUCAAAUGCUAGGUGGGCAGAAGCUGGGGCAGGAACGGGAACUCUACCCAUUGUGCGGUAGAGGUCUCAAACCUGGACUAAGGUCUUGAACCUGGGCUGUCACUCAGCGUCUUUAAGCACUAAGCCAUCACACCAAGUCAUCUAUUGAUGUACUUUACAGUAUAUCAAGUUAAUUUGUUAGGAGCUACUGAAAUGAGUGUGUAUGAGGUGAAAUCGUUUUCUUGAAAAUAACUGCUUCAACCUGAACCACUGAGAAAACACCUCAUAGAAUUGGUAGCCAUUAAGGUUGUAGUGAUCCUUCCCUCUAUUUUGCAUGUCAUAGCUGAAUGAGCGUUAACUAUUGGGAAACAAUUUCCAGGUGCAGAUUUCCAGACCCCUUUAAAGCAAGCGACUCAUUUAAAAUUAUGGUGGUGAUUUCUACAGAUCUUUUGUUUAGAUUAGCACCAUUUUAUUCGACCCCAUGCCUAUUUUAUGCACACGUUUCCCUUUUUUAUUUUGUUUUUGCUUAAAAAUGGGGAAAAAACAUGUCAUCCUUUCUGUGAAAAAAAUUCUUUGGAUUUAAUAGGAUAUGGCAAUAGUGAUACAAAGAUCGGGGGCAAUUCAGGUUUUCCUAUGGUGGAAAAAACUGAACCUGCACAAAAUUCCUUUCUUCUACAUGUCAUGUAAUUGUAGAAUGUUAAUGUUAAAGGGGAGUUACAAAUCAUUCAACUGAACCUGUCUCUCAAGAACAAAAUCCAGUGAAUCAAAGCCCACCAUCAUUUGCAACUGUUUGCCCCCGUCUCAAUUUUAGCUAUUAGGAGGGUUCUUCAAAAUCUUUUUCAUUAUAGUUUCAAUUUCUGGCCCAAAUUUUAGCAGUUGUAAAAGAGUUUCUAUGUUGUUAAGGUUUAGUUGAUCAAUGAAUAAAAUCACAUUUAACAAAGGAUUCCUUAUACAUAUCUCUUCAUAGGCCAAGAUUCAGUGUUGCAUCUCAGGACAUCUGUUCACCAAGUCAGCCUUCUUGUUAGAACAUCCUCAGGAUGUCUGGACCGUCGUUUGCAUCUUCAGGCUCGGAGGACUCUGAAGAAAUUUACAAAAUACGACUGGUAUCUCAGCAAACCGGAGAUGUGUUUACAAUACCGUCUAAGGCCAGCUCUAGACCAGGCACCAAAUCAUCAGCUCCUCGAAACACAGACUUUCUGUUGGAACAAAACCCAUUCAAAAUCCCUGCAGAUGUUGAUAUUUUUUUGCUGCGAGAUAAACAGAAAGAAAAGGCCAGGAUGGAGCGAGAGCGCCGAAAGACUUUGAAAGUCCACGAGAAGAUGACUUGCUCCACUCUGCAGAGUUCCAAACAGUCGGGAUUCAAGAGAGCGAUCCAAAUGGAAGAAGAAGCUGAGUACAAGGAGUUAGUAGCAGAAGCCGAACGACUCAAAGCUCUCCGAGAAAGCAUCUCCUGGAAGAUAGCAAUUACUAAAGACCAGGUUGUAGAGAGAGAGACCAUGGAUGAUUACAUCAAUCAGAAACGGCAGAUGUUCUUGCUACAGUACGCUGUAACUGUGAAAAAAGAUGAAAUUCAGAAACUGGAAAAUCUGGCAGUGGAAGAAGAAGCAAAGCUGGAAAAAGCCGAGGAAGACUUGGAAAAGGAUGCUGCCAUGUUUGAUGAGUUCCUGAAAGAGAAUGACAGAAACUCUGUCCAAGCUUUGAAAAUUGCUGAAAAAGAAACGAAAGCAAAACUGGAGAAAAUAAUUGAGAUCCGGGAAUUGACAGCGCAAAUGAUGAACAUCCAAAGUGAGAUAGCCCGAUUUGAGGACACUUUGCAGGAAUAUGUGGUGUUCAAGGAUUUCCUCUACCUACUAUCUCCCAAAGAAUGGUGGGAAGAUCAUGAAAGACGGAGGAUGAAAGAAAAGGCAAAUAAACUCCCUUCUGAGAGUAAAGAGGAAAAACUAGGACUGCCAAAAGGUUCAGGGAAGGAUGUUCAAGAACUUCAAGAAAAGAGCCGACGUCGAACAAUAAGCAUAGCAAAACAUUCUAGUUUUGACACGACUAACGUAGAACCUCCCACUCCUACAACGCAGAGCCAAAUUUUGGCUAGAAAGGACUCUUUCAAAUUAAGCCGAAUAGCUUCUAGGCAGACUCUAAAGUCUCAACAAAGCAGAAAGCCGAGUGUACAGAUUGCCCCAUCAGAAGAAAAAUUUACUCCAGAAUUAUCUGAUGAAGAUGACGAUGAGGUACCUGAAUUAUUCUUCACGGAUCCAAACCAGCUGCUGCAGGUUUUCACAGAGCUGGAAGAACAGAACUUGUCUCUGAUUCAGAAUUCUCAGGAGACAGAGGAAACCCUGGAUGAGCUCCGGCACACUUUGGAAACCACACGCAAUAAAAUGGAUCGUGAAAUAGAACAACUGAAAAUGCUUGCUGUCACUCUGCAAGCCAACAUUGUUAAAGAGGAGGAGACAGCAGCAGACCUGGAACUUAAAGCACGUGUCUUUUCUUUUGGGGAGUACAAAGCCGAAGUUCAGGACAAAAUGUUGGCGAGUUUGUAUCGAAAGGUGUUGGAAGUCUAUCGUCGCUGCAUUGGAGAGAAUGAGGCAAACUUGGGAACCUUGCAGAUGCUUACUGUUAUAGAACAUCAAUUAGAUGACUUGCUAGAAUGCCUUGAGAGGGUGUCUCCAGGAAAGAUAGAACAAGCUGAGAAAUCCAAAGAGAAAGAGCGAAGGAUGAGGAUGCGAGAAGAAAAGGUCAGGCAGCAGAGACAAUUGCAGGAAGAGAGGCUGCAGCGAGCCCUGGCAAGAGCACAAGCUGAUGUUAAGAAGAAGACUGGCAGAAGAUUAAUUUUUCGUUCUGAGCCUCCCGCUUUCAAGGAGAAAGAAGAUCAUGAUCAGGGGCUGAUCGAUAAAGAAAAAGAAGAGCUGCUCUAUUACUUUACUUAGCAGUUGAAAGGUGCAAGACAUUAUGAAGCAUACAGAAAAUGACAAACUAACAAGAAAAUGUUUCAACAGAUACUCUGUAAAUUUGGGGAGAAAGCUACUCUAUCCUAAGUAUAGUGACAUACAGUAGAGCAAAAUGUUUCAAAUUUUUCAUAGUUGUAAAAUCUUUUUUGGGGGGGAGGGGCUCAGUAAAUUAACUUAGUGAUAGAAAAUAUCUACCAAAGUGAUCAAAGAUCACAGACUAAUCUAAAGUCUUGCAGCUAGGAAAAUAGAUAUAACAAUGAUAAUACAAAUUUCUUUUUUAAAAAUUCAAUUUUCAAUAUCAGAUUCAUUUUUGUAAUUAAGUAGAUUGUAUGGACAUAACAAAAAUAAAGUUGAAAUGAAGAAACUGGGA